GCAACUAAAUAAUUAUUUAUUUUUAGUCAACUUAUCAACUAAAAAAUUCCAGACGUGCAAAGUCAAAGCAUAUUAGCCACUUUUGUUAAUCACGAAAUUUAAUAUGUUGGCAAAAAUGUCAAUAAAAACACAAACACACAAGAGGGUCUUCUUUAAAUAAUUGUGCAGUAGGCAGACGAAUGUCUUUUAGACAAAAACAAAAAAACAAUUUUCUCUUCUCUUCUCAAAGUUUCAACUACACACAUCUCUUUAGUCAUCAUCUUAACCACCAUGAGCCACCAGCACCAGCAGCCGCCGAGCUAUGCCACCGACCCAAACACCAUGUUUGUUCAAGCAGACCCUUCUAAUUUCCGUAACAUCGUCCAAAAGCUCACCGGAGCACCACCCGAUAUCUCCUCCUCCUCCUCCUUCUCCACCGUCUCCGCCGCACACCAGAAGCUUCCACUAACUCCCAAAAAGCCAGCGUUCAAGCUCCACGAACGGCGUCAAUCAUCAAAGAAAAUGGAGCUGAAGGUCAACAACAUCACAAACCCCAAGGACGCUUUCAGCCAUUUCCACCGAGGAUUCCUCGUCUCUCCCGUCUCUCACCUGGACCCAUACUGGGCGCGCGUGAGUCCACAUUCAGCGCGUGAGGAACACCACGCGCAACCGGACAAGGAAGAGCAAAAAGCCAUAGCGGAUAAAGGGUUCUACUUCCUUCCGAGUCCGAGAAGCGGCGCUGAGCCAGCACCGGAGCUUUUGCCACUGUUUCCUCUUCGUUCUCCUAACGGCACUACUCACCGGAUUCAUGAAGAUAAUUAUCGCGACUCUUGAUAUCAUUAGAGCUCUCUAAUCGUAAUUUGAGUUCAAUUAGGCUAUUUUAAUCGUAAGUUGGGGUGACACGUGAUAUUUGCUGUUGCUUUUUACUAUUUUUGUUAGGGCUAUCGUUAAUAUCCGUUUUCCAUUUAACCUAGACUCCUUUUUCUUCUAUUAUCCUUCAUUAAACGUUUUUUGAAGGGUCAACUAUUUCGGCGCGUGUAGUCCACUUCCUUUUAGAAUAUUAAAAUCUUAUUUUAUA